UAGUUCAGUGCAUAAACAAAUCUGACAGAGAGUUUCUAAGGUUAUGCCGCGUUUUUCUUCGCUCCCUGCUUUCCUGACCAAUUUUGAAACUGUUACCCAGUGAAAAUGGUGGAUAAAAUAGAAGAUCUCAGCCUUCCUGGAGCCAUUGUUCAGCGAAUUAUCAAAGAUGCCCUCCCGGAGGGAAUCAACGUUGGCAGAGAGGCUCGAGAUGUGCUGGGCAGAGCCGCGUCGGUUUUUGUGAUCUACCUUACAGCUUCUGCUACCAAUACAGCCAGAUCUCACAAUCGAAAAGCCAUCACAGGUCAAGACGUCCUGGAUGCACUGGAAGAGAUGGAAUUUGAAGACUUCCUGGAGCCUCUCAAGGAAUUCCAAGAAGCUUUCCGGAAGAGUGAGCAGGGAAAAAAAGUGAAGAAGAGAGAUUCCACUGCAAAGUCUACAGCGCAGAAGGAUACCGAGGAGGAGCCGGAUAUGAUUAUUGGAGAAUAAAUUUAUUAGAAAAUA